GGCCGUCCCUCCUACGGAAAUUCGUAACGAAACUGCCACACCCUGAAGACCGAACGUUCGCCCGUCAUGUCGAUUGACUUUUCUAAGGAGGAGGAGCUUACCCUCAAGCGGUGGAGGGAGAUUGACGCCUUCAGGAGGCAAGUCGAACUCUCUCAUGGCCGCAAACCGUACACCUUUUACGAUGGCCCUCCGUUCGCGACCGGUCUUCCUCACUAUGGCCAUUUGUUGGCCUCCACUAUUAAAGAUAUUAUCCCAAGAUACUGGUCGAUGAAGGGCCAUUAUGUCGAGAGACGAUUCGGCUGGGAUACGCACGGUGUCCCUAUCGAAUAUGAGAUCGACAAGAAGUUGGGUAUGUCGGGCUUAGAGGCUGUAGAGAAGCUUGGAAUUGAAAAGUACAACGAGGAGUGCCGAGCCAUUGUUAUGAGAUAUGCAUCUGAAUGGAGAGAGACUAUUGAGAGGCUUGGUCGCUGGAUUGAUUUUGACAAUGACUACAAGACCAUGAACACAUCCUUUAUGGAGUCCGUAUGGUGGGUCUUCAAGCAACUGUUUGACAAGGACCUGGUCUACCGAGGAUAUCGUGUUAUGCCAUAUUCAACUGCACUCAACACUCCCCUCAGUAACUUUGAAGCACAACAAAACUACAAGGAUGUUCAGGAUCCUGCCGUUGUGGUAUCAUUCCCUUUGGUUGAGGAUCCUGAGACGUUCCUGCUUGCGUGGACGACCACUCCUUGGACCCUGCCGUCGAAUACUGGUCUUGCAGUCAACCCCACCUUCGAAUACAUUAAGAUUCUCGAUGAAGCCUCGGGCAAACAUUAUAUUCUCCUCGAGUCCUUGCUACGGACGCUCUAUAAAGAUCCCAAGAAGGCCAAGUUCAAGAUUGUCGAUCGGUUUAAGGGUUCUACCAUGAAGGACUGGAAAUACGUGCCUUUGUUUGAUUACUUCUAUGAAGAGUUCAAAGACCACGGCUUCCGUGUGUUGAAUGCUGAAUAUGUUACGGCUGAGGAUGGUACUGGUGUUGUCCACCAGUCGCCGGCCUUCGGUGAGGACGAUUACAGAGUCGCUGUGGAAGCAGGCGUCAUUAACGACAAACGCUUGCCACCUAACCCUGUUGAUGAGACUGGCUGUUACACGGCUGAGGUUCGGGACUUUGUCGGACAACAUGUCAAAGCUGCCGACAAGGGCAUCAUUAAGCAUCUUAAGGGAACUGGCCGCCUGAUUGUUGACAGCCAGAUCACUCACAGUUACCCAUUCUGCUGGCGUUCAGACACUCCACUGAUAUACCGAGCUGUCCCCGCAUGGUUUGUCAAGAUCCCCCCUAUCAUUCCUCAGAUGCUGGAGGGCAUUGAGGACUCACACUGGGUACCCUCAUUUGUGAAGGAGAAGAGAUUCUCUAGCUGGAUCCAGAAUGCUCGUGACUGGAACAUAUCCAGGAACCGAUUCUGGGGUACUCCUCUGCCUCUGUGGGUCAGUGAUGACUUCAAAGAAAUUGUUGCCGUGGGAAGUGCCGAAGAACUCAAGGAGCUCAGCGGUUAUCAGGGCGAGCUUACUGAUCUCCAUCGCGAUAAAGUGGACAAAAUCACCAUCCCCAGCAAGCAAGGGAAGGGUGUCCUUCGCCGUGUGAGCGAAGUGUUUGACUGUUGGUUCGAAUCAGGCAGCAUGCCUUACGCAUCCCAGCAUUAUCCAUUCGAGAACAAGGAUCAGUUCGAGAAGAGCUUCCCUGGUGACUUCAUUGCGGAAGGGUUGGAUCAGACUCGUGGUUGGUUCUACACUCUGACUGUUUUGGGCACCCAUCUCUUCGGAAAAUUGCCAUUCAAGAACUGUGUUGUGAACGGUAUCGUCCUUGCUGAAGAUGGAAAAAAGAUGUCUAAGAGAUUGAAGAAUUACCCAGACCCUUCUCUUAUUAUGAACAAAUACGGCUCUGACGCUCUGCGUCUCUAUCUGAUUAACUCUCCUGUCGUACGGGCGGAACCACUCCGGUUCAAGGAGUCGGGUGUUAAGGAGAUUGUCGCCAAGGUACUUCUUCCACUUUGGAACAGUUACAAAUUCUUCGAGGGUCAGGUGGCUCUUCUCAAGAAGUCUCAGGGUGUCGACUACGUCUUUGAUCCUAAGGCAGAGGCUACCAACACCAACGUCAUGGACCGUUGGAUCCUGGCAAGCUGCCAGAGUCUUCUCAAGUUUGUGAAUGAGGAGAUGGCAGGAUACCGCUUAUACACAGUGGUUCCCCGACUACUUGGACUGAUUGAUAACACCACGAACUGGUACAUCCGAUUCAACCGAAGACGUCUGAAGGGCGAGAACGGUGUCGAUGAUACUUUGCAUGCCCUCAACACUCUUUUUGAGGUCCUCUUCACAUUGGUCAGAGGACUUGCUCCCUUCACACCUUUCCUUACCGACACUAUAUACCAAAAGCUCCUUCCUCAUAUCCCAGAGGAGCUUCGUAGCGAGGAUAGCCGCAGCGUGCACUUCCUUCCUUUCCCUGAGGUGCGUGAGGAGCUGUUCGAUGAAGUUGUUGAGAGGCGGGUAGCCCGGAUGCAGAAGGUCAUCGAAAUGGGCCGUGUGUCCCGUGAGCGCCGCAACGUCGGAUUGAAGACUCCUUUGAAGACGCUUGUCGUCAUCCAUCAGGAUCCCCAAUUUUUGGAGGAUGUGAAGUCCUUGCAAGGCUAUAUCCUUGAGGAACUGAACAUUAUCGAGCUCAUCCUGUCAUCCGACGAAGAGAAGUACAAUGUCCAGUAUAGCGUGUCUGCUGAUUGGCCAACUCUGGGCAAGAAGUUGAAGAAGGACGCUCAAAAGGUCAAGAAGUCUCUGCCGUCGCUCACCAGCGCUGAUGUGAAGAAGUUUGUGACCGACAAGAAGAUACUUGUUGACGGCAUUGAGCUUGUUGAAGCUGACCUUAUCGUACGGCGGGGUGUCAAGGAGGACCCGUCAUCCGAGGGCAUGGAGCCAAAUGCUGAUGACGAUGUGUUGACCAUCCUGGAUGCGAACCUGUACCCGGAGCUUGCGCAUCAAGGACUGGGUCGAGAAAUCAUCAACCGCCUGCAGCGUCUUCGUAAGAAGGCUGGCUUAGUCCCCACUGACGAUGUGAAGAUGGAAUACGCAGUUCUGUCGGAUCCUGACAGUGUUGGUCUCGGCGAGGCUUUUGAGACGCAGUCCCAGGCUAUUGAGAAGGUUGUGCGCAGACCACUUGAACGGUUUGAGCUUGUUGAUGGCAAGGUGCCCAGUGCUGACGAGGGACGCAUGAUUAUGGAGGAGGAGCAGGAAGUCCAAAAGGCGACCUUCAUGCUGAGGUUGCUCAAGCUUUAGAUAUCUGAGUAACUUAGACGUGCGGUGUCAAGUACUUAGAUUAUGUUUUUCAAUGAUCUUUCCCUUUCCAUUAGUCCACCAGUUUGUUGAGGUGUAGCAUUUAUUCUAUACAAUUAUAUUUUAUACAUGGAAUGAUUUUUUUUGAA